GGCGCGGGUCGCGGCGCAGGCGCGGUGCGCGCGGCGGGCACUGGGGCUGGCCGGGCUCUUUUGUUUGACGGAGGCGGACGGAGAGCCGCCAGGCCCGCGGCGCCCGCCCGCCCGACGAGCCCUGCCCGCCCGCCGCCGCGCCCAGCAGGCCGCUUCCCCUCGGUGCCGUCGGCGGGGCUGUGCAAGCAGCGUCGCCCGUAAGCUGAAAAGCUGGCCAGCACAAUGGGAAAAAAGCAGAACAAGAAGAAAGUGGAAGAGGUCUUAGAGGAAGAGGAGGAGGAGUAUGUGGUGGAGAAGGUCCUGGAUCGGCGAGUGGUGAAGGGCAAAGUGGAGUACCUGCUGAAGUGGAAAGGCUUCUCGGAUGAGGAUAACACGUGGGAGCCAGAAGAGAACCUCGACUGCCCAGACCUCAUUGCAGAGUUCCUUCAGUCUCAGAAAACUGCACAUGAGACCGAGAAGUCUGAGGGAAGCAAACGCAAAGCGGAGUCUGACACGGAAGAUAAAGGGGAGGAGAGCAAACCAAAGAAGAAGAAGGAGGAGUCGGAGAAACCGCGAGGCUUUGCCCGGGGGUUUGAGCCAGAGCGGAUCAUUGGUGCCACGGAUUCCAGCGGGGAGCUCAUGUUCCUGAUGAAGUGGAAGAACUCUGACGAGGCCGACCUGGUGCCUGCAAAGGAAGCCAACAUCAAGUGCCCCCAGGUGGUCAUCUCAUUCUAUGAGGAGAGGUUGACAUGGCAUUCCUACCCCUCAGAGGAUGAUGACAAGAAAGAGGACAAGAACUAACCCCUGGCACCCGCUCUGGCCAGCCUUUGUAUAAAGAUCUGAACUGUGGGUUUGAGCAAGAGGGAGAGAACGCAGCUCUACUCGGUUGGGAGCGUAGAGAUGGCUGGAGAAGAUGCCCUUUGAAGAGACCAGUAUGGUUUCUGUGCCCUGCAGCUGCUCAACUGCUCUAUGCAGCUUCAUGCUGUGUACAGAUUCAAACCAGCCCGGCUCGAUGGGGGGAGGGAAGGGCAGGGGUACGGGGGGCUGGGGGGUGGGAUGUUUGCCUCGAGGCUGUCCAUUUUGCAGCUUGUGGGAGAGGAAACAAAACCCCUUCCAUGAAGGACUAUCGCUGGUGAUGGGUGGGCUGGGGAAAGGGAGUGCAGAUGGAUACUGCUUCUUCUUCAAAGACCAUCUCGGCAACCCACAGCCUUCUUCCCAAUAGUGUUAACUCUGCAUUUUUACGGCGUAGCAUGUGUGUAGGUUUUUUUCUUUUGCUAUUUACUGGUGUAUCGGUUUGGGGAGCUGGGGGGAGGGAUGUGGGGGAAAGGGGUCUCUUGUUUAAUUGGGCAGGGAGGGAGGGAGAUGAGGUCUGGUGACAAUGUUCUAGAUCAUUUCCAGAUCUUUUUUAGAACCUGAAUUAAAAAAAAAAAAGCCCAGUAUUGAUGGCAGAACUAGGGAGACAGGGACACUGAUAUGAGACUGAAACUGUGAAUGUCCAAAUCUCUGGAGCUAAGGUCCUCAAAACCCUGAGAGCAAUUUUUGCAGGGGGGUGGGGGGGUGAUGGGAGACUUGUGAAAAUGCAAAUUUGUGAUUCGUAUUGUCCUGAAACAGAACUGCCAGUUACUGACACAUGCAUUGUAUGUGGGAGGGUGGGCUUCAGGGAGGGAAUGGAUUUUAACCCCUUAAAAGCCUUUCUACCCUUCUUUCCGUUAUAAGGUGCUAUUUCUCAAAAUUAGGGGGAGAGAGACUUCUGACUACUUGUUCCUUUUCUCACCUCGAUUUGACUGUCCAGCCAGCAGCAUUGGGAACCCUUUAAUUGUGUCACGUGGGAGGGAGAGGAAAUCAGCAACAGCACAAGAAAAAUCAAUUCCAUAUUCUCCUAUAACAAGUGAUUGUUUGUAGAAGACCAGAUUUUGGCGCUGGAGCCGGAUGUGUUACCCUGAAUCUUCUGAGUUUUUUUUUAAUCAAAUUUAUUAAAAAUACUGAACUAUUUAAUGUCUGGAGUCGUGAGCCCCACCAGACUCCUGGCACCUCCUUGUAGGGUGGUAUGUAUCUAGACUUGCAUUGUACAAACCUUUUUUUAAAAGCAUGUGUUUAGGUUUCUGUGAAAACGUUGUUUAAAUGUAAAGUACGUGUUUGGAUUUUAACUUCAUACCAAGCUCUGUCAGUUUUUUGUCUCAAUAAAAUUUUAGAUUUAUAAUCUUGA